UCAUGGGUGUGCCGAAGUUCGCAUACGACGCAAACGAGAGCGCGCACACCGUGCCCGUAAACGUAGAAUCGUGAUGAAUCCCUCGUAUAUAUUCCUCCCGCGCACAUCACCGGUCCAUCCACCCUCGCAGCCCCCUCCCGCUACUCAUUACUCCUAGCUCUUCGUAUCCGCUUGGAUUGAGCGAGAGCACGACGCGAUUACGCGAUUUAGUGUUGCCUCCGGAGCACUCCAUGGUGGAUGACUCCAAUCUCGUCUCGGAUCAAACUGUGCGUCGUUCCAGUGAACGACACCGGCGCACAGAAUACCUGGUGCUUCUCCGACGCGUUUUCCAGAGUUAACGACCUCGACGAUGUGACACCGGUAUCCUCAACAAAGCUCUGAACCCGAACAAGGUGGUGAUCAAUUACAACCCAACAUUGUUUGAAUAGUAAAAUCAACGUUCGGAGAAAAUCGUUGGGUACCGAGAUAAAAGAAGGUGUGUAGAGUUUAGAGGAAAGAUUCAAGUUUUGGAGCCGAUUUGAAAAGAGAAAAACGAAAGAGUUCGAAAAUAGUCAAGACACACAUCUAUGGCGUGAGAGUGACGUGUGCUAAGAAUUGAGCCCAAAGGUGGUGGCCCGAUGUUCGAUGAGUGCGGGUGAUGACAGAUGUGUCGGUCGUUGUUGCGGAGUGUAACCUAUCGUCGUUUCUGCCAACGCGUCCUCACGAUACCGUUGUGUUGACGCGAUAUAAGUGAAAACGUGAGAUAUAGGAUCGAAACACGCAAGGAUGAACCAAGCCGCUAAAGUCUACAAGCUGCUGGCAGUCUUACUCUGCUACGAAGCCUGCAGCUACAGCUUAGUCCUAGAAGAGGAUAAGGAACCGACUUAUCUUAAUGCCGGGGUAGGAGAGUACGCGGUAUUUAAUUGCGAUCUUGACUUUCCACACGAUACGCCGAUUCCGUAUGUGCUUCAAUGGAACCGCCACAAACGUACAGUAUUUUCCUGGUACGAUGGACACGUGACGGUGGACAAUGCUUACAAAGGUCGCAUACACUUGUUGGACAAUAUCGGACAUCACGGCCAGGGUAGCAUAAACCUCACAAAUAUUCGUGAAAGCGACCAGGGCUGGUACGAGUGCAAGGUGAUCUUCCCUAAUAGAACGCCGAAUUCUAGAAACAAUGGCACGUGGUUCCACCUCGCCAUUUAUGGUGCGUCGCCGUUCCCGACGCCUGUUGCAGGCGAUACCCUACUAACGAUACCACCUGUCAAUAAGACUGCCAUGGAAGGCGAGACUGUCACCUUUGACUGUGUCGCUAAGGGCGAAAGUACGAUUGUAACGUGGUUUCGUGAAGGGAUACCGAUAACGGAAAUACAGGAUCUCAGAAGAAGAAUGUCUGUCGAUAACGGAACGUUGACUAUAACUUCAGCUGCCAUGGGUGACCUUGGGGAAUACACCUGCGUAGUGACCGGGGAAAACGGAGAUCAGCAAAGUGCCUCGGCCUUUCUCAACGUUCAAUAUAAGGCGAAAGUAAUUUACGCACCCCGGGAGGUCUAUCUUCCGUACGGCAAACCAGCCCUCUUAGACUGCCACUUCAGAGCAAACCCGCCUCUCACAAAUCUUCGUUGGGAAAAGGAUGGAUUCCUCUUUGAUCCUUACAACGUGCAAGGGGUCUUCUACAGGAGGAACGGAUCUCUCUAUUUUAGUAAAGUGGACGAGACGCAUUCGGGAAGUUAUAGUUGCACUCCCUACAAUGAACUAGGCACCGAAGGGCCCAGUCCUUCGAUCACCGUAAUAGUUCAAAGACCGCCGAUAUUCACAGUUACGCCACAACAUUUAUAUAUGCGAAAGCUUGGCGAUGUCUUGGAAAUUCCUUGUCAAGCCAAAGACGGCGACGAUUCGCGUCAACCUACUAUCGUGUGGUACAAAGACGGAAUGCCUUUAUCGCCUGAGAGAAGUAUCAUAACUGGUGGCAAUCUCACGAUAGAAAGGAUUCAGGAACACGAUCGAGGAUUAUAUCAAUGCGCAGCUAGCAAUGAGGCAGCAACGGUCAUCGCGGAUGCUGAAUUAAUGGUAUUGAACGUCCCGCCUAGAGCACCGUACAAUCUAAGCGCCAACAGUAGCAAAAAUGCCGUCACUUUGACUUGGGUACCUGGAUACGUGAGACCCAAGAUGGAAUAUUCAGUAUGGUACAGACCAACGGACACGUCCGAAUGGAGAACCAUGAAAAUUCUCUCGAGAAAAAUUACGGAAGCGACGGUCAACAAUCUUUAUCCAGGACGAGAAUAUGAGUUUAUGGUGUUGAGUCAGGAUAAGCACGGUGACGGAAUGUUUAGUAAAGCGCUUCGAAUAUUCACUCAGCCGAGUAAGCUUAUCAACUUUCUGCAGAGUUCUAUCAAUGAGAACUCGGCAUCGGAAUAUCGCAGUCCGCUAGAAGAAAUCAUGGGACCACCUAUUAACGUAAAAGUUCAAGCGACAGUUGAGGGUUACUUGGUUACUUGGGAACCACCUGAAUACGGAAAAAACCAAGUUAGGCUUUAUACUGUGAGAUGGUUUCGAGGACCGUCCGAGCAUUUGUAUGGAAGAGCAGAAACAACCGAUACUUAUUAUCUAGUAAAAACUUUGGAGGAGGAAAGCUUUUAUACUUUCGAAGUGGCAGCGAUGUCCAUUACAGACGACGUUGCAACCAGUGAACGAAUCGGUUUGGAGGUGCCUGCUUAUCGUCGCAACAGGGCAAUUUCCAUGGGAAUCGUCGCCGGUAUAGGUUUUUUGGCAGCCGCUCUAGCCGCUGUAUGGUGGGCGAGAAAACGUUUUUGUCAACCGUCUAACGAGAAAUAGCCGACCGAACUUGUGGAAAACACACGUGGUGUACUCAAGCAAGAUAGCUGUUCGUGCGCAUAAUUGAUUAAGUAUUCACAUCAUUCGUGCGGUUACUAGCGAAAUGAAUCAUUACAGAAAAAAAACAACACUAUGUUUCCUUCGUGAAAUAACAGAGAGAGCGUACAAUUUUAUCCAAUACAAAUUUGUGCGUCUUGAAAAAAAAAGAUAUGAGUUUUUAAAGCUCGUUAAAGACAUACAUAAAUAAAAAAAUAGUAUCAAAUAUUAUUAUAUAUAUAGUGACGGAAUGUGAAGAGCGAAAUAUAUCAAAGGAAUUGAUAUAUUAGGGACAUAUAGAUUCUUGAGUAUCACCUGUGUAAGCGAUUUUAUUUACCGACCUCUAAUAUAGUAUAUAAGUUUCUUGAGUGUUCUUGUAUCGCUAAUUAAAUCAUACUUUGUGUAUCGUUUGACAGCUUUAUUAAGUAAUUGCACGUUUAAAUAAUUAGACUUCAUGCAUAUUACAGGUCAUCAACCGUCAAAUAGUAUCAAGAUUAUGUGUCAAGAGGAAUCGUCGUUUAUGAUUUAUUACAUGUUUUUCUCCUUUUUUUUAUUGUAUAUAAAUUAUGCCCGUAAGGGAUAUGCAUAAAUAUCUUCUUCGUUUCUUAUUGCUACUUGUACUGAAUUUUUUCGAUGCAGCAUUAUCAUAUAUAUCUGUACAUCACAAUAUAUAGUUGCAGUUAACAAUAAAGAAAAUUGAAAAAAUAUAUCAUUA